GUUAAGACGCGCUUAGAGGCGUCACGUGACUGUGUUGCUUCAAGAUGGCGGAUGGGAAGGCGAGUACUGAGCUAACAGGUGGGCAGGAUUGUAUUCUGGAGCCGCUGUGCUUUCCUGAGCAGCUGACUGCUUGCAUUAAUGUCUCCUCAACGGACCAAGGCUGCCUGGUGUGCUGUGUCCUGUGCUCACACACAGCUCCUCUCUCGGAUAAAGACCAGCUCCUGAAACACCUGCUGCUGGAGCACAAGCUGGUCAUCGCUGACAUCAAACUCAUCGCUGAUUUCCCAAUGUACAUGCUUUACUGGAAGAAAAGGUUUACAGAGCAGCCCAUCACAGACUUUUGCAGCGUCAUCAAGACCAACUCUGAAGGACCUGCCGAGCUGCAGGAGUACUACUUCCUCCUGUGUGACGUUCUGCCAGAGGACCGCAUCCUUCGAGAGGAGCUCCAGCAGAAACGAUUGGAGGAGGUUCUUGAACAGCAGCAAAAGGAAAGAGACGAUACCAGCUUUCAGCGGAGCUGCAUUUUCUGCAAUGAAGAAUUUACCGGAAACAGGUCUGUGCUGCUUAACCACAUGGCCAGAGAGCACUCGUUCAGCAUCGGCCUGCCCGACAACAUCGUCUACUGCACACAGUUCCUUGAUACACUGGAGAGGAAACUGGACAAUAUGCAAUGUCUGUACUGUGAGAAAAUCUUUCGAGACAAGACGACCUUGAAAGAUCACAUGAGAAAGAAGCAACACAGACGCAUCAACGCCAGCAAUCACGACUAUGAUCGCUUCUACGUCAUCAAUUACUUGGAGCUGGGGAAGACCUGGGAGGAGGUACAGUCUGAGGAUGACAGGGAGCUGCUGGAGGAUGAAGAUGAUGACUGGUCCGAUUGGCAGGCUCACCCAGUGUGUGCUGUGUGUCUGUUCUGUGAGCAGCAGGAGGAAACUAUGGACAAGAUCUACACCCACAUGCAGGAAGCUCAUCAAUUUGACCUCCAUAAAUUAAAAACAGACCUCAACUUGAAGUUUUACCAGCAAGUCAAACUCGUGAACUUCAUCCGCCGUGAGCUCCACCAGUGCCGCUGUCAUGGCUGCCAGAGGAAGUUCAAAACCAAAGAGGAAGUGGUGCAGCACCUGAAUGAGGCCGGUCAUGUGAUGCAGCUUCCAGACAGCAGACACUGGGACCAACCACAGUACUAUUUCCCAACAUACGAGAACGACGCUCUCCUCACGGCUCUGUCUGACAGCGAUAGUGAGUGUGAAGGACCUGAACGGAGCUCAGACGUCCCUGUGUUCGCCGAGGACAUCUCCAGCCUGAAGGCCUUAAAGCAGAGCAGUGUGCUGAACAAACUCCUCAAGAAUGUAGGCAGCACCAACUAAAAUCCAUCCAACAUGCAUAGAUUUUACUGCUCUUUUGCACUGGAAAUGCUGACUUCAUGAGUAUGGUGCCUCGUUCACAACAGCAAAUAUCUGCACAAAAACAUAGCAGACUCUGUUUCUGCUGCUGUAAACUGAGAAUCAGAGAGUGAUUUUACACACACACACACACACACACACACACACACAUAUAUAUAUAUAUAUAUAUAUAUAUAUAUAUAUAUAUAUAUAUAUAUAUAUAUAUAUAUAUAUUUAUAUUUAUUUAAAAAAUCAGGUUUUUCAGAAAACAAAGUUUUGCAGGGAUGCUUCAAGGACAGGAGCACAGCAUUAUUAUCAGCAUGCAUCAAGGAAAUUCAUGCAAGUAUAGUUUCUCAUACACACUCAACUGGUUCCAAAGGAAACACUCAUUUUUCUCUUUAAAUCUCUUCGAUUAAAAUGCCUUUGAGUUGCAUACAAUGCUGUGAAAAAGUAUUUGCCCCAAUCCUGAUUUCUGUUUUUUGUUUGUUUUUGUGUAUAUCUCAUGCUAAAUUGUUUCAGAAAUUAAAACAAAAUCUAAGAUAAAACAAAGGCAACCUGAGUAAACACACAAUACAGUUUUUAACUUAACAGUUACUAAUUCCCCAAAUCUAUGAAACUGCAUCCAUAAUGGGGUUCAGCUGGACUAGACACAACCAGUCCUGAUUACUGCAAAGCCUGUUCAGUCAAAUCUACACUUAAAUAGAACUUUUUCAACAGCAUGAAUUUGGUUGUAGCACACUAUGCCAAAGUUGAAAGAAAUUCCAGAAAUGAUGAGGAAGAAUGUGAUUGAAAUACAUCAGUCUGGGAAAGUUUAUAAAGCUAUUUCAAAGGCUUUGGGACACCAAAAGCCUACAGUGAGAGCCAUUAUCUCCAAAUGGAAAAACUCAGUGAAGUAGAACCAAGGACAACAUCAGAGGACCUGCAGGCCUCUCUUGCAUCAAUACAGGUCACUGUUUAUGACUCCACUAUCAGAAAGACACUGGGCAAAUCUGGCAUCCAUGGAAGAGUGGUGAGGUGAAAACCAUUGCUAACCCAGAAGAACAUUAAGGCUGUUUUUCCAAAACAGACCUUGAUGAUCCUCAAACUUUUUGGGAGAAUGUUCUGUAGACUGAUGAAAGUGGAACUAUUUGGAAGAGAGCGGUCCUGUUACAUUUGGUGUAAACCAAACAGAAUUCCACAUCAUACCUACAGUCAAGCAAGGUGGUGGAAGUGUGAUGGUGUGGGGAUGCUUUGCUGCUGGAUCUGGGCAACGCAAUAAUUGAGGGAAACAUGAAUUCUGCUCUCUUCUAGAAAAUCCUAAAGGAGAAUGUCUGGUCUUCAGUCUGUAAGUUGAAACUCGAGCACAACUGGAUUAUGCAGCAAGACAAUGAUCCAAAGCUUACGAGUAAGUACUAGUCCUAGAAGUAAGUGAAAGACCGAUCUCCAGUUAUCAGAAGCGUUUGGUUGCAGUUAUUGUUGGUAAAGGAGGCAUAACCAGAUUUUAAGUUUAAGGGGGCAAUUAGUUUUUCACAUGGGUGAUAGGUGUUUGAUAACUUUUUUGCUUCAAUAAAACAAACUAUAGUGUGUUUACUCAGGUUGCCUUUGUUUUAUGUUGUAUUUCGUUUGAAAAUCUAAAACUAUUUAGUAUGAGAGAUAACAAGAACAGUAAAACACAAAAACAGCAGAAAUCGGCAAAUACUUUUUCACAACAUUGUAGUUUCCACUAAGAAAGUUACUUCAUACUGUGCAUUUUCCUUCACAUGACUUACCCACUGUAUCAAGUUUGGAUCUCGGUAUACAGUUAUUACAUUGUUAUUGAAAAUAAAACUAAUUUCAUAAUUGUUGCAAGUGUAAAUAAAGGUAAUUAGACAGAA